UGGAUGAAAUGGAAAAUCUGAGUCUGAAAGAGGCAGUGCUCAGACCUGAGUUAUGUGAGUUGGAAGGUAUUCCCCUCACAGAAACAACAGGCAGCAUUUGGGACCAAGUGUGGAAGUUCAAAGCCAGACCUGAUGAUCUGCUCAUUGCAACCUAUGCAAAAGCAGGUACCACAUGGACGCAGGAGAUAGUGGAUAUGAUUCAACAAAAUGGAGAUGUUGAGAAGUGUAGACGCACCACUACUUACAGACGCCAUCCAUUCCUUGAGUGGUUUCUGCCAGAGCCUGCAGCUCUGCGUUACUCAGGCCUGGAAUUAGCUGAAGCUAUGCCUUCUCCACGAACAAUAAAAACUCAUCUCCCCGUGCAGCUGGUGCCUCCCUCCUUCUGGGAACAAAACUGUAAGAUAAUCUAUGUGGCAAGAAAUGCAAAAGACAACCUGGUGUCAUACUACCAUUUCCACAGAAUGAAUAAGGGACUGCCUGAGCCAGGGACCUGGGAGGAGUUCAUGGAGAAAUUCAUGGCUGGAAAAGUGCUCUGGGGUUCCUGGUAUGACCAUGUAAAAGGAUGGUGGAAGGCAAAAGAUAAGCACCGUAUUCUCUACCUCUUCUAUGAAGAUAUGAAGGAGAAUCCAAAGCAAGAAAUUCAGAAGAUUAUGAAGUUCCUAGAGAAGGACGUGAAUCAGGAGCUCCUAAACAAGAUACUUCAUAACACCUCAUUUGAGACAAUGAAGGAAAAUCCCAUGACAAACUACACUAAGGAGUUUCAGGGAAUAAUGGAUCACUCCGUUUCUCCAUUCAUGAGAAAAGGUGUUGUCGGAGACUGGAAGAAUUAUUUCACUGUGGCACAAAGUAAGAAAUUUGAUGAAGAUUAUAAGAAGAAGAUGGCUGACACCUCUCUUGUUUUUCGCACAGAGUUGUGA